UGACCAGGAACAAAAUGAUCUAGCCACCUCACAUGUGGGAUGAUCCUCGGCGUCUUGGAGCGGCAUGGCGGGAUCUCUGUGCAGAGGUACCCCGUACCCGAACAAAAAAUCCCCGCAUGACUCGCAGGUAUAAAAAGCGAGAUUGCAGUCCCCGCAGACCUGGAUCUGGGGCUUUCAGCCGUCAUAUUGGCCAAGUCGUGUGAAUAUAGCGGUGGUCUGCAUCCAGCAUGCGUUUCUCGACAGUUCUUUCAGUGUUUCUGCUUUCCAGCACCUCACUGGCUACCCCAGCCUCCCCCCAAGCGGACAAUGUUUCGGUACAGGAGGCUCAGUCAGAGGACCACCCCGCCACAGAGACCCCUGCCGCAGAGGCCAAAACAACUGGCGCAGCUCACCCAACUGUCAAUGUCAACCAACAGAACGCGAACGAUGAUGAGCAACAAAGUGGGUCGGCUGAAAACCAGCCAAAGCCCGCCGAGGAUGACAAGUCCAAAGGUGGCGAUUUCUUAGGGGCACUGACCAGCGGAAACCCACUUGUCCCGACGGGAGAUUCGUCUAGCAAGGAAACAGAAAAGCCCGACACAACCACCUCCUCUGCAAAGAAGGAUGACAGACCCCCCACCCCUACCUCUGCCCCGAAGGAGAAAUCGACCGAAGAAGAUUCUUCAAAGCCGUCAUCAUCGGCUUCUUCUUCCUCGAAGAGUUUCUGGGAAGAUCCGAUCCCGGAUGGAGUCAGUGGAAACCCCAUUGAAGACCUUGGAAACCAUCUCGAUGGUAUAAUAGGCCUACUUUCUCCGACAUUCAUCAAGGAUGUCGAGUCUUUCUUCCAUCACUUUGCGCGCUUGUUUGACGACGAGACGACUGAACAGACCAAAUCCUUGAUCGACACAGGCUACAAACUCCUGACCCCAGAAUUGUCCAAGGAGCUGACUGGUCUUUUAAAUAACGCCAACAAGUUGCUCACAGCCAACUUCGUGAAGGAAAUUCAGGACUUGAUCAAGGCAGUGGGCCCUCUGGUCACGCCCGAGCUGUUCAAGCAGCUAUCUGGUUUGCUCGAGAACGGCAGCGACCUCCUGACAGCCGAGUUCGUCAAGGAAGUCAACGGCUUGAUCGGCAAUGCCAACAAGCUGCUGACCGCUGAUUUCGUCAAAGAGAUUAGACAGCUUAUCGAGACUGUGGUCCCCGUGUUGACACCCCAGAUGCUCAAGGAAGUCAGCAAACUGCUGAGCAACGCCAACGGCUUAUUGACCGAGGGCUUCGUCAAGGAAACUAAGGGCCUCAUUGACACCGUGGCACCGGUAAUCACACCAGAGCUUCUCAAGGAGAUUGGCCCGCUGCUUCACAACGCCAAUAGUCUGCUCACGGCCGACCUCGUCAAGAAGUUGAAGGAGCUGAUCAGCGCAGCCAGUCCCCUGCUGUCCCCUGACCUGUUCAAGAAGCUCAAUGGCCUGCUAGAUAACGGCAGCGACCUCUUGACAAAGAAUUUCGUCGACGACACCAAGGGCCUUAUCGGCGCCGUCGCCCCCGUCAUCACGCCUGAACUUCUCAAGGAAGUCAGCGGUCUUCUAGAUAAUGCCGGCGAUCUACUCACCAAGUCAUUCGUGAACGACACGAAGGGCUUGAUCGGCGCCGUCGCACCCGUCAUCACCCCCGAUCUUCUCAAGAAGGUCGGCGGCCUACUCAACAGCGCCGGAGACCUCCUAACCAAAGACAACGUCAAAGACAUCGAGGGUCUCCUCGGCAACGCCAACGACCUCCUCACACCCGAAUUCGUGAAAGAAACGAAGGGUCUCAUCGGCGACGUGGCACCCUACCUCACCCCCAGCUUGAUGAAGCAAGUCGGUGGUCUCCUCAACAACGCCAACGACCUCCUCACCCCGAAGUUCGUCAACGAGACGUCCGGCCUUAUCGACGGGAUUGCUCCCGUCGUCACCCCCGAACUUCUCGCCCAAGUAGGCGGACUUCUAGGCAAUGCCCAAAAGCUCUUGACCAAGAAAUUCGUCGAGGAGACGGCCGAUCUCAUCGAUACUGUGGCGCCGGCUAUCACGCCGGAGCUGCUCAGCCAAGUCAGCGGUCUUUUGAAGAACGCUGGCGGCUUGUUGACGGCGAAGUUUGUUAACGAAACGAGCGACUUGAUUGACGACGUUUCGCCUGCUAUCACGCCGGAGCUGCUUGGCGAUGUUAGCGGGCUUUUGGAUAGUGCUCAUUCGCUGCUGACGCCGAAGUUUGUGAACGAUACGCAGGUUUUGAUUGAAGAUGCUUCUGGGUUACUCCCCUCCUUGACGAAAAUCCUAGAUAACCUCUAAUCGAAGCCUACAUGCG